UUUAAUGUAGUUCUUUUUUCUAGUACUCUUUUUUGCAUUCAUAUUUUUCUGUGGACCAUCAAAUGCUCACAAGUGAAAACAAUUUUUUUUUGGAGUUGAUGAGACCUAUCUGAUCCAAUUAGCUUUGAAUACGAAUAACCAAUGUCUAAAUCCAAGAGUGAUCUCUUAAACUUAGUAUCCUCGUUCGAUGAAGCAACAAGCUUCUGGCGUGAAAGUUUCACUGCUUCAGAUAACGCAGUGUCAAAGAUUCAAUCUGCAAAAGUUGAUAAACCAUUACAAGAAUUCACUAAAUUAAUAAAAUUAAUAAAAGCACAUACUACCAAAGUAGGAAUCAUAUUUAAACCAGAGAAUAUCAAAAAGGAUGUCAAUCCAGCUUAUAAGACAUUAAAAGAUUUAUCUGAGACGUUGGUGUUAUUGGUAUCUAUAAUUGCUCAACUUCAAGCCAAAGUUAUAUCACAAUUGUUUUAUGAUGAGAUAUUAUUGCAAAUUAAACAAUUACUAGACAGCAACUCUGGCUUUGGCAAGGAGCUUAAAUUGAUCGUGGAAGAUGAGUCAGCGGAAGAAAAGGAAACCAAGAAAGAUGAAAUAGACGGAAGAUUAGUUUCUGUGGGGAAAAUAUGGACCAUUUGUGAUUCCUUAAUCCAAUUAAUUCAAGAUGGAAAGUUCGGUCUUCUAACUUCCAAGAUAAAGUUAAGCAUCGAUUUAAUUGAAGAUGGGUACGAAGAAUUUGAAGAAUGGGCUAAGAAUCCAACUGAGUUCGACGAAGAAGAUCCAUUUGGAUUCAGUGAUGACGAAAGCAUAGAAGAAGAUGAAGAAGAUGGUGCCAACCCUCCAACUACAGAAGCCGAAGAUGAAUCUGAACCUGAUGCUUCUAAAGAAGAAUUGAAAGCAUUUGCCCAAAAAUGGUCCAAAAAUAUCGAUCUUGUUAAGCUCUUAAUAGCUUCGUUUAAAAAAUCAUUGCCAGCAACUACAGAAGGAGAAAUAGUUGAUCAAGUUUACAAAUUACAAAAUAAUUUAGUUUCAUUAAUUGAUAAGUUAAUUGUUGAUUUAAUGUUAGAUCAAACUAUAGACGAUGAUGUAAAAGAAUAUACAAACUCUAUAACGAAGGAAUCACGUUCUUUAGCAAAGAUUGGAAUUGAUGUUCACCAAACCAAUGCUAAGAAGUCAAAAUGGUAUGAAGCAUGGAUUACCAAAUUCAAUACAGAUUUAUAGAUGUAACUUAGAAUACUAAUAUUUACU